CGUCAAGACGAGCAGCCAACUCGAACAUUGCUUCAUCUCACAGCAGCGAGCUCGUCGCGCACCACCUAGCACUACACGGACCGAGCCACACGAGCAAGCACCACUACCACAAUGUCACGACCAGAGGAGAUUGGCCCGCCCGAGAUCUUCUACGGCGACACCGAGGCCAAGAAGUACACUGCCAACACCCGUGUCCAGACCAUCCAGGCGCAGAUGACGGACCGCGCGCUCGAGCUCCUCCAGCUCCCGGCCGACCAGUCGUGCUUCCUCCUCGAUAUCGGGUGCGGGUCGGGCCUGUCGGGCGAGAUCCUUGACGAGGACGGACAUAUCUGGGUCGGGUGUGACAUUUCACCCAGCAUGUUGGAAGUAGCCCUCGAGCGCGAGGUCGAGGGCGACCUCUUCCUCCAGGACAUUGGGCAGGGCUUCGGCUUCCGCCCGGGCACGUUUGACGGCGCGAUCAGCAUCUCGGUCAUCCAGUGGCUGCUGAAUGCGGACGCGUCGAGCCACUCGCCCCCUCAGCGCCUGACGCGCUUCUUCACGACGCUUCACUCUGCGCUCAAGAACCCCUCGCGCGCAGUGUUCCAGUUCUACCCCAACUCGGACGACCAGGUGCAGCUGAUCACGAGCUGCGCGCAGAAGGCAGGCUUUGGUGGUGGUCUGGUCGUCGACUACCCCAACUCGCGCAAGGCGCGCAAGAUGUACCUCUGCCUCAUGGUUGGCCAGCAGGAGAUCCCCAAGGGCCUCGAUGGCGAGGAGAUUGCCGACACGUCCGCCAACGCUAAGAAGCGCGAGGAGAUCAAGAACGAGCGCAGGAGGCGGAGGGACAGGGGCAUCAAGGGAAAGAAGGGAAAGAAGGACCUCACGGCCAAGGAGUGGAUCCUCAAGAAGAAGGACCUGUACCGCACCCGCGGGAAGGAGGGUGUUCCCCGCGACUCCAAGUUCACGGCGAGGAAGCGUCGUGUGCAGUUCUAAGCGUGGCGCGAAGGGACUACAUUGGCACAUCAUGGGUGCCCACACAGCGAGGCGGCAGCCAUGCCACCCACUACGGACCAUUGUACUACUACGCAGGCUGCCACAUGGGGCGAGACUGGUCCGUUUCGUCUCGGGAGACCAUGCAAUGCAUUGGAUAAUGAC